CCCUUGAAAUUCAAGAACCUGAAUUGGACUCUUAUUUUUUACAUGACCGAGCAGUUCGUGAAUCUGGUCAUGAUACAACAUAUCGUUUUGAUAAACGAUGUGCUAAUCUUGUUACCAUUGAUCUUAAUAGUUUAUUAUAUAAAUAUGAGGUAGAUAUUGGUGAAAUAAUUCUUAGAAUUUAUAAUAAUCAGUUCGAUCUAGAAGAUGGAACCAUUGAAACUAGUGAUCCUUGGUUUGAAAGGGCAUUAGUUCGUAAAGAAAGAAUUAAUAAAUAUCUUUGGAAUGAAGAACAUUGCCUAUAUUAUGAUUAUGAUAUUUCGCAACAAAAGCAAUCAAUAUAUGAAUCUGUCACAGCUUUUUGGGCACUUUGGGCUGGUUGUGCUAGUCCAGAGCAGGCAGAAAAAUUAGU